ACCAGAAUGCGCAGUCUUGCGAUUGCACCCUUUAAACCCCCUUCCCCGGCCGAGUUGAACACUUUCUCUUGUCUGUUUCCUUGAAUUUGCUGUUGGUUUAAUUGGGCCAUAUUAUAGAAGAUACCCCCUUGAUUGACAAUAUGUCAGAUGAUAAGCCAUGCUACAACCCUGAUGGGACUUUAUCUGAGGAUGAUGUGCCGUGCACGUCAGAUCGAAACACUCAUUGCUGCGGUAAAAACAGCAUCUGCCUGUCCAAUGGAUACUGCUUGGGUGCUGACGCUCAACCCUUUGGAUUGUCGCGUGGGAGUUGCACAAAUCAGAAUUGGGCUACUGGGUGUCCGCAAAGAUGUUGGAAAUAUGAAGGUGACAACAAGGGUGGCGGCUGCCCGAUAAUCAGCAUCGAUUACAACAAGGGGUGGCGGUACUGCUGCGGUAACCUGGUCUCUAACAACAACGACGUCCAGUGUGCGGCCAACACCGAGGACCGUUUUCCACUAGAUGCAACACAAGUGAUACCUGGGGUUGGAAUGCUCAGCAACUUAUCCAACUUUUAUGUCUCGGGGUCAGCACCGAAUUCCUCCAUAACCCCCUCGCCCUCGCCUCACCCGAAUUUAACAGCAUCGAUAAGCUCCAGCAACAGUGGUACGGCGGGUCAUGACACGGCGAUUGGGAUAGGCGUCGGAGUCCCGCUGGGAGUGAUUGCGUUGGUGUUUCUAGUAUGGGCACUUCUUGAACGGAAGCGGGCCCAGGAUACAUCUGCAAAACUGGCAGAGGUGAUGAGUGGUAUCCCUUCGGGGGGUGGAUAUCAGAUGAAGAAGAAUCCUCAUGUGUCAGUCGAACUGGGAGCAACGCAUUCUAUGCCAGCAGAGUUGGAACAGACGCAAUCUGUGCCGGAGCUUAUGGGAAGAACGCGAUAAGCUUAGAGGGGUUUCUCAUGUUUAUAUUCAGAUGAGGCGUUUCAUGAAAUCAUUUCUGG